AUGGCGGUGGUCGUUUGUUCUAGAACAGGGAGCCUUCGCCUCGGGCCACUGGCCCUCGCAACGGAGGGAGGGGUUUGGGAAAUUCGCUGGGAAAAAGUUGGCCGGCUCCCGCUGAACUUCCCUUCCACGGUGAGCGUGCCAGGAUGGGACCGCAGCACGAGGCGCUGUCUCCGGGGCGGGAAUCGUUUCUCCCUGAAAGAAACGCGAGUCACACGGGCUGAGAAAGAACUGGCGGUGGGAACACAUGAGCAGGAGCCGGGAGGCAGCCGUGACCACGGCCAGGACCUGGAUGUUCUGAGCCCUCGCUGUGCCUCCGGAGGCACUUGGACGAAAAACGGGAACGUGCGGCCUCGGGUGCCUGUCCCCUCGGCUGCCCGGGGCCAGAGGCAGAGGCAGGUGGGGUCUGACGUCCUGCUCCGGCCCAGCAGGUGGGCUGUUUGUGGGGUUCCAGUGUCAUGGAAAGAGUGUGACUGGGGGGUGAGGGCCGUCCUGGGCUCGCUGGGCCCUGAGCUGGUCGCGGGGGGAUGGGAAUGUUGGUCCAGGUCCGGCCGGUCCGGUGUGACUGGGCCCCGCGGGAACCCGAUGGCGCCCGGACGUGGAGGAGGGACAUGCAGCCCCAUGGCUGUGGGCCCUGGUCAGGGAGGCGCUCACUGUGAGGUCGGCUCUGGCCGCCCACAGCUUCUCGGAGUGGGGCGCACGGGGAGUGGGGCGCGGACUGGUCAGAUCUGCCGGAAGUGCGGCCACCCGCCCUCUGCCUGCCUCCCCCGAAGUGAGAAGAUCGUCUUUGCCAGGAGCGAGGGCACCGAGGAGAGCGUGCUGGCCGUCACCAUCACCGAGACCACGGUCAUCGAGGCGGACCUGGGCGUGUGGAGCUCGCGGGCGCUGCUCUACCUCACGCUCUGGUUCUUCCUCAGCUUCUGCACCCUCUUCCUCAACAAGUACAUCCUCUCCCUGCUGGAGGGCGAGCCCAGCAUGCUGGGCGCAGUGCAGAUGCUGUCCACCACGUGCAUCGGCUGCCUGAAGAUUUUCGUCCCCUGCUGCCUGUACCAGCACAAAGUCCGGCUCGCCUACCCGCCCAACUUCAUCAUGACCAUGCUCUUCGUGGGCCUCAUGAGGUUCGCCACCGUGGUGUUGGGCCUGGUCAGCCUGAAGAACGUGGCCGUGUCGUUUGCCGAGACGGUGAAGAGCUCCGCCCCCAUCUUCACUGUGAUCAUGUCCCGGAUGAUCCUGGGGGAGUACACGGGGUUGCUGGUCAACCUCUCCCUCAUCCCUGUCAUGGGAGGCCUGGCGCUGUGCACAGCCACCGAGAUGAGCUUCAACAUCCUGGGGUUCUCAGCCGCGCUGUCCACCAACAUCAUGGACUGUUUGCAGAAUGUUUUUUCCAAAAAGCUCCUCAGCGGGGACAAGUACAGGUUCUCGGCGGCCGAGUUGCAGUUCUACACCAGCGCCGCCGCCGUGGCCAUGCUGGUCCCCGCCUGGGUCUUCUUCAUGGACCUGCCGGUGGUCGGGAGGAGCGGGAGGAGCUUCAGCUACACGCAGGACGUGGUGCUGCUGCUGCUGAUGGACGGCGUCCUGUUCCACCUGCAGAGCGUCACGGCCUACGCCCUCAUGGGCAGGAUCUCCCCCGUGACCUUCAGUGUCGCCAGCACCGUGAAGCACGCCCUGUCCAUCUGGCUCAGUAUUAUCAUUUUCGGCAACAAAAUCACCAGCCUGUCGGCCGUGGGCACCGUCCUGGUGAUGGCGGGCGUCCUGCUCUACAACAAGGCCAGGCAGCACCAGCGGGAGGCCAUGCAGAGCCUGGCCUCAGCCAGCUGCACGCCGGAGGACGGCACGGAGCCGCUGGUGCCCAAGGAUCCCAGGCCGCACCACUGAGUGCCAGGGCCUCGAGGCGCAAAUGGCUGCCCUCCUGCCAAUGCGGUCCCCUGCCCUCGCUGCCUAACCCCCUGGUCAGCUGGGGUAGGAAAGUGCAUGUGCGGCCAUUCCCGCCCCUUUCUGGGGUUUCAGUCAAAACCAGCGGGAAUGUGAAUGGGGACCCCCGACAUUGGCUCCCUGGGGGCUGACCAGAGCCAGCUGCCGCUGAGCCAUCACCAGGGGAUGUGAAACUGCCUCCCGCGGCCCCCGUGCCAGACGCGGAGGCCUGGGACCCGCCGGCCUCUGCGCGGCCCUCGCUGGGCACGCAGGUCUCACUGCAGUAGGCCCGGCCCUGAUUCCUCUGUGGGCGACACCCCACAGAGGGGGCAACUGUGAAGCCAGAGCUGGGUCCCGGUGCCACUGUGACCGCUCCCUGCUUGGUGCUGAUGGAGAGAUCUCAGCCCACGCCAGCCAGCCUUCGAGGCUCCUCCUUCACGCCUUUGACCAGCGUUACUGAGCCCUGGGGCUUGUCAGAAGCCGCCCUCCUGGGUGAGCAGGGCUGGCCCCGCCCAGGAGCCUGCCUGCAGGGACAUAAGGCCCUCCUUCCGGUCGCGUCUCCCUCCUGCUGUUCAGGCCCCUGGUUUCCCGAUGGUUUCUCAUUGGAAAUAUGAACAGAGCCUCUUGGGGAGACCAGGCCUCUUGGAAACAGAGCAAUAAUCACGUCUCAUGAAGUCCUGCCGACUUGAAAACGUUGGCCGUGUGGUGAAGUCAACGAGGCCUUUUAAACUACACAGCCUUUCCACGGAGCUGACCGCGUCCGCAGGACAGGCAGGUGUGGCCGCCUGCUUGGCACGCUCCCUCACUGGACGCUUCUGCGACCUCCCCAGGAUUCUGUCCCCUUUCCUCCUUUUCUUCUUCCCUGAAAACCUCGGCUAAGGAGGACCCCCUGCCGGUGGCCGGGGAGAGCUGUCGAGUUGAUCUGUGAGGACCAGCGUGAAAGCACUGCUGCCCCGGCCCCAGCCCCUGACGGUGGGACGUGAACAGAGAAGGGCCACCUGUGGCCGCCCGGGCAGGACGGUCGCCUGGACCUUCCCGCAGACUCUGUCAUCCGUAGUCGGAGCCAUGGCCGCAGUCUCCGCGUCUUGUCAGAGAUUCCGGUCCCGAGGCCCAUGACGUGCCCCACCCUCCACUCUCUCCAGUGGCUUCAGCCGGUUUUGAUUUUCUGAAUUUUGGGCCACAAACAAGAUGAAGAUUACUAGUAUGUGAGGCAACUUCCUGCAAAGCUGCUUUGGAGACUUCUGGUCGGGGCUGUGGCUGGCAUUCCUCCCAUUAGUCUCGUCUCCACCUCUAAGUCUCCAUUCCGGGUCGUUGCCAGGAGUCACAGCCACAGCCUCGCUCGGCCUUUUGUUUGACGACUGUGCAGACAUGAUGCGUCUUUAAUGAACUGUCUCGUUUUUAUAGUAUGUUGUCCUCGCUGAACGGUCUCAGGUGUGUGCACCAGCGAUGACUGGGAGUCGUCAUCCAUCGGUCACGCCUGUGUCUGUGGUUGUCCGUGCCUUUGUAAACACACACUGGAACCAGUGAUACCGAGACGCGUCCAGAUCUCUGGCUUUCAGAACACCCGCUACUGAACGGAUACAGAGCCUCUUGUUUUUCAGUCCCAGUAUCGUCACUUCUGCAGUGUGCGUGUCGUCUGCCUUAGAAAGCUGAGGACAUCCUUGCACAACCCAAAAUGUGUCUUUAAUUUGAGAAAGAAUAAACAUGAUGAACAGGAAACAGGAAAAAAUGUGCUGCUCAAAGAAUGUCACCACUUGGAGCUGUGCUUGUGGCCCGCGCACGACACGCUUCUCCCCAAACCAGUGGUUUUUGCUUCCUGCUGAGUCUCCUGUGGAUGGUCGGUCACUCAGACGGGCCAGGGGGUGACGGACACGGAGCCUGGCCUUACGUCUGCCCCGGUGACACGCUUCCUCAGGCCUGACGGUGUUCUCACCGUUUCCCUGGGCCGGAAACAUGAAGGUCAUUCCAGAUGGAAACCCUCUCGGCCUUGGCCCAACGUCGUGUUGAGGACUUUCUUUCCCAAAACAUGAACCUGCCCUGGUGGGGCCUCUCGUCUUCUUAGAAGCCCCAGCGUCCCGGGGAGUCCGUUUCUUUCUGUUCUGGCUGAGGAGCCGAGAGCAGUCGGGUCAGCUGCUCGCCUGGCAGCCGGAACAUAAAACCUUCAACCCGCUGGCUCUGGUUCUGAGUGAUGGCCCCGGGACCCAUGCCCAGAUGUCCAAAUUGGGUUACAGACUGUUCUAACUGGCAAAGUCUUAUGUGUGUCUGGGCUUGGUCCCCACCCCCCACCGGCUGCCCCUCGAGGACCUGCUGUCUGAGUUGAGUCUGAACCUGCCGGGUGUUGUGGGCUCCAGCUGGGAGGGCUGGUCAGGGUUUCCCACACCGGGAAACGAGAAUUAACGAAAAUAACCCUCGACAUCAGAGCCAAGCCAUCUUUGUUUUCUGCCAAAUGCAGCUGUGGAGAAGCCCAAGCCCAGGCUGUCCAGUGCUUUGUAUUUCGCCUGUUUGGGUAUUUACGGGACCAAACAGAACAUGGUGGUUAAGUAGUCGAGUCACUGUCCCUCCACCUGUGGUAACGUGUUCACCCUGUGGUGCCCUUGUCCUCUGUCCACAUGAAGCUGCCACCGCAGCCACAUCUGACUCUCGUUCUAAAAAGUAAAAUAAAAGCCCCGCGUGUGCUCGC